AUGGCGCGCGGAGAAGCCAACAGUCCCAAGGUGCACUACAAGAGCAGCAACGACGAGGAUUUUGUCGUGUUUUUGGACAGCGUCGAGAGUUACCAGAAAUGGCUGGGCGACAAGAGCGUGCCACUCCCCCAGGUCGUGUCAUCGUUCAAGAUCUUCACUACACACGGGCGUGUUAGGCAAGGCCAUCAGGGUAUACUUGACGGCGUGUCAAAUGCGAUGCUCGAGAACGAGUUCGGCACCUCCAAGGACGAAGACGCGGUGUUCCAGAUCCUGGAGAAGGGGCGCCUGCAGGAGUUUUCGAUGCCGGAGCGCGAAGGCCGCAAGAAUGACUCCAAGGGUGGGGCCUACGUCACUCGCUAA